CAAAUAUGGGACAAAGUCAAGGAAAUAUGGGACAGGCUCAACCAAAUAUGGGGCAAGGUCAAGGAAACAUGGGACAAGGUCAAGGAAACAUGGGUCAAAGUCAAGUUAAUAUGGGACAACCUGAUCAAAAUGGGAAACAACCCAGUGACCAGACACCAACAAGCCAGGCUAGUGACCAAGCCACAAACCAGGCAGAGCCCCCUGCUGGUGGGCCACAGCAACAAAAUGGGGCAGGACAAGGUGUUGGCAGCCCUGCACCUCAUCCAAGUAGCCAGGCACCACCAAUUAGCUCUGGGGGUACAGCUGUAAGUUCCGGGGCCCCCACAGACCAGACAGGUCAGAGUGCAAUGCCCCCCAGCAGUCAGCAAAUGUCCAUGAGCCAAGCAUCAACCAAUCAAAUGCCUCCAAUGACAUCACAAGGACAAGGACAGCCAAUCAACACACAGAAUUUCCAGAGAGGUCCCAUGGGUAAUCAGCAACCAGGUAUGAUGGGUCAAGGUCAGAUGAUGGGUCACGGAAAUCCAAAUCAGCCAUAUUCGGGUCAAGGUUAUCCUCCUAACCAAUCAGGUAUGGUUCCUCAACAAGGCAUGAUGUCCCAGAACAAUCAGAUGACACCACAGAACAAUCAAAUGACAUCACAGAACAAUCAGAUGACACGUCAACAGAUGCCACCACCCAGUAAUUACCCAAAAAGCCCUGGUCAAGGCUUUAACCAGGCUUAUCCAAACCAACCGCAACAAUAUGGUGGUCAACCACAACAACAACAGUACAACCAGAACUACAACCAAGGCCAACCCCAACAAUAUGGCAACUACCCCAACCAACAACAACAGCAGCCUGGUGGAUAUUUCAGACCUCCUGGACCAACCAAUCAAAUGGGGCCUCCUGGAUCAACCAAUCAGAUGGGACCACCUGGAUCGACUAAUCAGAUGGGGCCACCUGGGUCAACGAGUCAGAUGGGACCGCCUGGAUCAACCAAUCAGAUGGGGCCUCCUCAAGGUCAAAUGCCAAGAGGUCAAAUGCCACCUAGUGGUGGGAUGGGGAACCAGACCAGCAUGCAAAGCAGCAUGGGAAAUAUGCAAGGCAGUAUGGGUACUAUGCCUGGUCAAAUGGUACAAUCCAGUAUGUCGCAGGCCCCCAUGAAUCCAAGUCAGAUGAACCACUUAGUUUCACAGGGGCAAAUGAGUGGCCAGAUGGCGCCACAAGGUCAGAUGGGGUCACAAGGUCAACCUGGAUAUGGCUAUAACCAAGGUCAAUAUUAACUGAUCGAAUUCAACAUUUUUAGUAGAAGCUGUUCCUCACUUUAGUUAACGCAUUAUGACUAAAUACUGUAAAAUAUAGCUUUGUAUAUCGGAUAUACAUGUAGCAACAUAUAAUCAACAAAUAUAUAUGAGAGAUUCUCUGGUACUGACUAGGAAGAACAAGAUACACUUGGAAUGUAACAUUUAAAAAUGUCGCAUUUAAGAAAUGUCACAUUUAAGAAACAUCACAUCUAUUAAGUGUGACAUUUGAUAUGUACUAUGUACAUUUAUCCGAAAAGAAACAAACAUAGAACAAAAUAUUUACACUAAUUUGUAGCUUCACUAAUGCUGUGCAGGAACUCUUCCCAGUUUAGACCAUUUCACUGAAUUUGCACCCGUGGUCGUAAUUAUUCCCAAUGCCAUGUCUGGAUGAGUCAUCACAAAGACAAGUUCAGAAAUCUGUUCUGAGACCACUUGGAGAGUUCAGAUAGAUUGCUAAGAUUUCAAUUUCAAAUGAUUCCUAUUGGAAUUUUGUAUAGUUACGCCAUAUGUUAACCUAUUGUUGUUGAUACAAGGUGUCACAAAAAAUCAGCCAUCUCAUUUUGGUGUUACUCGAUUUUGUUGGAAUCUCCUUGAAUUUUCUUUUGUAGAUCCCACUAAAGGGCUCAACGGGUAAAGUGUGUCAUUUAAAGAACACAUCAAUAUAUAAUGAAUUUCAACAAGUUUAAGAUUUAGAGAAAUCGUGAUUUUAAUUUUGCAUCUAAUUAUUUGAAAAUGCUCAGAGAAAAAUAUUCCAGAAUUAGGUAGUUGAUUUGAUGUCACCCGCAUAGUAUAAUGUACUUGUAUAUAGACUGUAGUUUUGUAAAAUCACUAAAAUAUUAUUUUUUGUAUAAUCAUGGGCAUUCAACGGAAAUUCUAUUGAAAGCCCAUGGUAUAAUGAAUUCCAGUUUUUUGGAAUGAUAUACAGUAUAGUAGAAUACCUAGCAUAAUUGUAAGAAAAGUAUUAUGGAUGAUAGUUACACAAAGUACAGUGGAACUAAAGAGUCAAGCACGUCAACACUCGAUUGUAAAAUAUCAUAAAUGUGAUAGUUUCAGAGAAGUUAUUAAAAUUGAACAUGGACAACUAUAUUUUGUAGGAAGAGAAGCAUGAAAAGAGAAAAAAGUUAAAACAGUUUUUUGACAUUUUCAAAACAUAGAUAUUAUUACCAUAUAUAUUUCAUUUAUUCUUAUAAGAUAUAAUAAUGUAGAAAAAAAUUCAGUGAAAACAAUUAAUUUAGGACAUUUUCGAAAACAAAUAUAACAAAUAAUCAUACACUAUGUAGUCUAUGACUUUCUAGUUUUCACUGUACCACAAUGUUCAUAUAAAUGUACAUACAUUUACUUAUGCUGUUCUAAAACACUAGUUUAACAAUAUUGCAGUGUAUGUUUAUUCUUUCUUGUAUGAAAGCAUACUCUGCGAGCAGAAUCUAAUUAUAAACUACCGACAAAGAUGAAGCUCUUUUUUAAGAAUCGUAGUUGAACAAACGCAAAGGGUAUAGAAAGCACAUUUUACUGACUGCUUAUGAGACCCAGAUGUGGGAUGUACAUAGAUAUAUACUGCUAGUUGAUUUAAUUUGGGACAGUUUUUAUUUAGGUAAUAAAAAAUGGAAAAAUGAAAUGCAGUUAAAUCUUUGUAAGUGAAACACUUUUGGUACCUCUAAAA